AUGGGCAAAGAAGAACUCGUGUCCUACUCUGACGCCCCUUGGGCUGUCGGACUUCAGGCGCUAGCGACUGAUAAGGAUGACUAUUUGGAAGAGGUGCACUCCAUUACGUCACCCUUCCUCACCUCGCCGGCUCUACCUAGCACUACUGCUAUUGAAAUCCCAUCUCACGACACUGAACGUGUUCUCUUCCCACCAUCACUCGAAGAUCUGUCACCCAAAUCGCUGAGUAUUGACAGCGGAGCUCUGCAUAUCUCCUCUCUGCGUCGAUCUACUCGCACUCUCAAGCUUAAUUCCAAAGUCGUACAGACCCGCAAACAUCCUCUACAUGCCUCCCCUACUGGUGGCCUCACGAAGCAACGCCCUGCCCUUCUGCCCUUCAGGCCUCAGCUAGGCCCUCUUCCGCCCCUACCCAAGUACUUCUAUGAUGAAGACCGCCUAAGUCGUCGAAGAGAAGAUGAUAUGGAUAGCUCGCAUGCUGCCCUUGAUUACUCAGACUUUAGGCAACACAUCAUGUCGCAAAUUAUUGCCCCAGCAGACGUGGACGGCGACAACAUCAUCAGCGUCGCUGAGAUACUCGGCUCUGGCCAGUCUCAGAGAGCUCGCCAGGUGAUCGCCACUACCACCAAGUUUAUCGCCGAGACCAACUCUCAGACUAUGGCAGCCCAAAAGUUGUCUCAUCUUGACAUUGCAGCCAGCUAUGUGCCUCGUCUCCGCGACUCUCACCAAGAGUCUCAAGGCGAGGCUCCUGGGUAUGCAGCCCCAUGGUGGGAGGACGGACCUGAGCUCUCGCUGGCGGAAUACUGGGCACGCCGUCAAACACCUUCUCCCCGUAAAACCAGCAAGAAAAAAGCAGAAGAAGAGAGCGAGGAAGGGGUGGUCAUCCAAGCGCACGAAAUCCAAGAGCACUGCGAAAUCGUCGGCGUCUUCAUCAUCUCCUCUUUCGGCCACCUCGGUCGGUUCAUCUUGCCCACCUUCUACAAGUCCGCUCAGCGAUAG